AUGCCUGUUGCGACUGUGCCACCAUUCCAAUUCCCGCAACCGACGAUCCCAAACAACAUCAAUCAAGUGCCAGAGCCGAUCGAAACCCAGAAUUUGCCUGGAGAUCCACCUUCUUAUGACGCCGUGGCUGGAUCGCCCAGCACUGUCAGCCAAAUUUCCCCAGUCUUACCUUCUUUUUCAUCUCAAGAUGCAUCCGCUGCAUUGACGCUCUCGCGUUCCUUGAUGACAGCCGUAAACAAUAAAGCCGACCCCGACGAAAUCUGUCGUCUGAUACUCGAAGUGGUUCGACUGGCCAAAGAUGAGAAUAUGGCGAGGAGAUUGGUUGAUGCAGGGGUUAUUCCACAUCUUACUAUCGAGCUCAAAAACAGUCUACCAAACGGCCAAGGGAUUAACAAUAUUAUUUUUGCUCUCGGGCUUCUUUCACAUGAUUUGCUCAGCGCAGCCAGUAUCGUACGUCCAGGUACGGCCCGGCAAUUAAUAGAGAUAUCGAAAGGGGCGCAAACCGGUCCAAUGCGUGCCUGCUUGGCCUGGUGCCUUGGCCGCAUGAUUCAGUCCGACGACAUCGCAGCCAAAUUCAUUGAGGAGGGUCUGUCAGAACUUCUGAUUAGCUGGAUAACCGUCUCGGAUGAUAGGAAUACCCAAAGAUAUUGCGCGUGGACACUGGGCACACUUGCUCGAACCGAUGCUCUCGUAGACCAGCUGGUCGAAAUGGAAGCAAUACCCGUUCUCGCGUCCCAUCUAAAUAUAAUUUCUAAUCCCCAGACUCAGCCCGAUCCCGAAGACCUAGCUGUUGCUCUUUUUGCAGUCGGAAGAACCGAUGGUUCAGCCCUCAAAACUACAAUCGAUCCUAAAGUCCUCAACUGGUCAGCUCGGGCCGUCGGGUGUCACAUGCGUCCCAAUUCUUCGGAUAUGGCUAGAGUGCUAUUGCGGGCGGGUGCUGCCGAAGGAUUGGCUAGAUUGCCGACCGUGGUUCAGGCCGAGGAGACGGACGCACUGGGAUCCUUCGCAUUUGCGAUUGCUCGAUUUUCGUGUGCCGAGUGGAGCCCUGGUACCCGGAAACAGCUUGUAGAAGCAGGUGUUGUUGAUGCGCUGCUCAGGGCGCUCCGUGCCGCUGCCUCAGUCCCGGCGACCGAUCCACAAGUCCACGCUGAACUUGCACUCGCAAUUAGUUUUUUGGGAGAUGUUGGAGGGUCUUCCAUCAGGAAGGAGAUUCAAGAUUCGGGAGGGGUUGACAUCUUGAAGCAGCUUUCUAUACAAGAGCCCCCAGACGUACGCAAGGCCUGUGAGACCGCGAUUAGGUCAACCACCGGGAAUGUAUUCAGUAGGCUUGGCGCUUCUACAAAGGCUGGAUUGAAUCACGACUGGAGGGGAGGUUGCCCAGAGUACCCAGUUGCUCAUCCCGAUUUUGAUGCCUGGACAUGA